GAAUGGAUUAGAGAGGGCUGACAUAAGCGAGACAAGUCUGAAGGUCUUAUUCUGGUGUUCCACAUCUUUUGCUUGGAAACCAUAACACCAUUGUAAUUCAUCAGGAAAGGAUGAAAAACUACUGAAAUAGAUGGAAUAUUUUUAAACGGAUCUUUCCUCUCCCUUUAGACUUAUUUUAAACAUACGAUGGUACUUUUUCUGUUGUGCUAAAAAGAUUCUCAUCCUAAUAAGCUACUGUUGUAGCUCUAUUUUAUGAUUAAUAAUAUUUUAAUAUCUUUUUAUUGAGUAUUCUUCUGUCUCAUUUGCAACUUACGUUAUAUUGUUUUACUGAUUAAACUACUUGUAUUGUACUGUCUCUUUUACAUAUUUUUGAGGUUCCUCAUAAAAUACCUUUUGGUGGUCUUGCCACUGUUUUAACUGUAACUUGGUUUGUCCUAUGAUGUUCUCAACAGCUGAAACAUUAAUACCUCUCACUGUGCAUCUGCACCCUCCUUCUAACAGGCCUCAGCUGUGGCUGUGCUUAAAUUGACUCUGGCUGGAAGUGAUCACCCUCUCUCCCCAGUGCCUGUUGCCAUGUUUCUCAUUUUGUUAAAUACAAACCCAAAAUGUUGGAAUCAAGAACCAUACCCUUUUCUGUCCUUUGAAGAUCUUGGCCUUCUAGGGACAUCCACAAUGGCAGGAAAACAUGAGGCAUUCUUGACCAUUAGUGCAUAAAGCACAACCUGCACAUAGCUCCAGAACCAACCUCCCCCAGAGUACAGAGAGCAAGGCAGGCCCACAUGCCCCAGAGCCACUGUUUUUACAAAUGUGAAGGAAAGGGAAUAUCUAUUGCAAGUUCUUUACACCACCUGUUGCAAAUGAAAACUUACUCACUGAAUUGCAUCUUUGGUUUUAACUUCAGGCCUGUAUGUGCUGCAACAACUGUGGUGUAUCUUGGUUGGAUUUUAAACUGCAGAUUUUUGCUCUUGGAAUGUUACAUGUUCCCAGGUUAGUGCACUUCUGUCUGCAGGUGGAGGAGCUGUGUGAGGGUAACCCACCAAGUGGCUGCCAAGCAAGCCUGUGGCAGUGCAUUUUCUCUCCAGGCAGCUCCAAGGAUCAACACAUAAUGGUUUGCCAUUUCUGUAGGCUUGUUGCAGUUAGUUUCUGAUGGAUCAUCUUGUGUUGGCUGUGCCCUCCAGUGCGCAGUGGGUGACUCAGCUGCCCACCAAGGCCUCGGUGCUGCUUUGGAUCCUAGGGUUCAAAGAUUAUUUUGUGCACGUCACUGUUUUCCUUCUUUCAAACAUGCAGGGAUCUCUCUUGGCAGCUGGAAAAAAGAAGAUUUAAGCAGCCCCACUUCUGUGUGGAUGAUCAGGAGGCAUUGAAGGAAGCUGGUCCUUGUUAUUUGGAGUGUCCACAUCCUUCCUUUGCUUUGUGCUACAAGGCAAUUGAAAGGCUCAGUCUGAAAUCUACUCAAGGCACAGUACUGAGAAAGCUUGAGUUGAUGGAGAAGGUGAAUGUGGCAAGUUUAGGGCUCUGACCUCACUAAAGUCACAAACCUGGUGAUACCUGCAGCUCAGCAACCAUGCUGUUGGGCUGCUGUAGUUGAUCACUAGUGGAGAUCUGAGAUGCAGCAGAGAAUAAAUACAGAUAAGCUCCCUCCGCCAUUGCUGUUGAGGCUUUGUACCUGUGCUCACCCUCAUCACAGCACUGGCAGUAGGGUGAUUGCCAGCACAACACAAAAAACAAGCUGAUCUCUUUUAUGUUGUUGCUGCAUUAGAAAAGUAAGAGCAAUGCUUGUACAGGCAUGAAAAAUUGGGUCAAAGAUUAGUUUAUCAGAGCUGGCCAGGAGGCACCAAGAUUAGUUUAUCAGAGCUGGCCAGGAGGCACCCAUGAGACACAGGGAGGAGGACACGGCAGCUGGAGCCCCUCUUCCUCCAUGUGUGCAUGGGUGGCACUGGGCAAAUGUCUAAAUAACACGUUUCUUUGUGCUUGUGAGAGCAGAGGCAGGUAAAAUAAGCUGCUGCAGACAUUUUACAAAUGAAUGCCACCUCCCCCUAUAUAAAAGCACCUACUCGGCUUUGAUACACAGUUUCAUGGGCCUCACAUGAGCAGGAAUAGACAACUCUGCCAGGAGAGUUGCAUUUUUAAUGUUGCCAAAAUGCCCUGGGAGGGCGUCUCAGCGCAGCCUCCGGUGCAGAGGCUGUGGCUGCUUCCUGUGCCCCAGCCCCGAGGAGCCCGAACUGGUGCUGCCGGCGUAUUUUGACUCGAGUCCCAUGAGAGAGCGCUGGAUCUGGCAAACUGGAGCUGAGCCGUUGCCGGUUCCCUCAAUUAGGAAGGCUUCCUGACUUUUGGUUAAUCCCUCGCUUAUUAAUGGCGCUCACCUCUUUGAUCAAGGACCAGCACUGAUUUCAAUUAGGGUUGAGCAAGAACCCAGUGACAGGAAAGGCUGUAUCAGGAGGAGCAGCUGCUGUGCCCUGAAGGGUUUCUUCACCCUCAUGACCAAAAUCUAUAGUCAUAGGUGAAGCGUAGUGGUUCCCAACCUAGCUGGAGAAAGCUCUUGUAAUCCUUUGCUGGCAAAAAUCUCUGCUGAAAUAAAAGCAGGCGCCACUGACUGCCUGGGGAGCUCCAGUUCUUCCCAUCUCGAGCACGAGGGAGGGACCAGGCCCUUCCUACAAAAGGGCGAAGCCACGAAAAGAUAAGCUUUGGCUUCACUUUUGGGCAAGGCUGUCAAGUGGGAUAUCGCUGGGGUGAGUAGCUAUACCUGUAUCUGCCCGGGGUUCUUCACACUCGUGUCUUUGUUAACUCUGACCAUGCCUGUCAGAGGGAGGGCUCUCCCUCCAAGAGGCAGACAGCUGCGGAGGUACAUAAAAACUUUAAGAGAUCAGGACAAUCAAAUAACAAGCAAAGACCAUUCAGAAAGGCUUUGGUCCCUGCCUCAUCAUUCAUGUGACUGCUGACUGAAUACAAAAUGUAAAGGGUUACCUGCUCCAUGCAGAUAACAUCAACUGGUGCACAUUUUUAACCGUCGCUGGAAGCAGCAGCCAGUUUCAUUGGACCAGUGCUGGAAAAGAGUCACCAACCCGGGCCUUGCAAUAUUUUCCUCAGCAGACCAUGUCUUCCUCCAUCAAAAUUGAGUCUGUUGUGAAGGAGAAGAACCGGAUGGGAGAGUGCCCAGUCUGGGAAGAAAGGGAGAAUGCACUUGUCUACGUAGACAUCAACUCACAGAAAGUUUGCCGCUGGAGCCCAGUCACCAACGAGGUGCAGAGCGUGUCUGUGGACGCCCGUGUUGGCUCGGUGGCUCUGCGGCAAUGCGGGGGCUACGUCAUCGCCCUGGGGACCAGGUUUGCCUUCCUGGACUGGGACACCCAGGAGGUCACCACCAUCCUCGAGCUUGAGCAGGAUAAACCCAACAACAGGUUCAAUGAUGGGAAAGUGGAUCCAAAGGGGAGGUUUUUUGCUGGUACGAUGGCUGAAGAGACAGCACCAGGGGUCCGAGCGAGGCGGCAAGGAGCUCUCUAUACCCUCUUCCCUGACCAUUCAGUAAUUAAACAGCUGGACCAGUUGGACAUCUCCAAUGGUCUGGAUUGGUCCCUGGACCACAGGACCUUCUUUCACAUCGACAGCCUGUCCUACGCUGUGCACGCCUUCAGCUAUGAUGUGCACACUGGAAAGAUUGCCUGCCCCAAGCUUUUGUACCAUCUGGAAAAGGAGGAGCAGAUGCCUGACGGGAUGUGCAUAGAUGCAGAAGGGAAGCUCUGGGUGGCCUGCAUUGAUGGUGGCAGAGUCAUUCGCAUAGACCCAGAGACAGGAAAAAGACUCCAAACUGUGAAGCUGCCUACUCCAAGGAUCACCUCUUGCUGUUUCGGUGGAAAAGACUACUCAGAAAUGUUUGUGACUUCUGCAUAUGAUGGUCUGGACGAGGCCACCUUAGCCAAGGAACCUCAUGCAGGAGAGAUUUUCAAGAUAACAGGCCUGGGUGUGAAAGGGAUCCCACAGAAUUUGUAUGCUGCUUGAACCUUGACACUAAACAGCAAAGAAGAAAUGCUUCCAUGUUGUAGUAACUCACACUGGAAGAAGCCAAACGAACUACACAAUUUAUUUGUGUGAAGAUUUCUAAGCCCACAUUUGUGAGUGUGCUUGUUUGGAGUUGAAGAUAUUUCUUCUUCUGUGGGCCUGUGGCUUGAUGCAAUAGGUUAGAGAGGUAAAGUUAAUCUGUGUUACACAUUGAUAGCUUUUGUGACUUUCUGUAAACCUCUAAAUGCUCAAGUGUAAUUUCACUGAACUUUCUGAUGACCAGCUCUGGAUUUUCAAGUCUGUGCAGUUCCCAAAGCAGAAUCUGACUCCUCAUGUUACAGUGAUGCACCAUCAACAAUAUGGCAGAUUUUAAUAAACAUUUUAAGAGUGGUGUCUUGAACUGGACUGUUCCUCUGCUGCAGGAUCCCUCUGAGGUUUUAUUUUGGGGGUUUUUGUUUGUUUCUUUGUUUUUUGAUGAUCAGACCUACUUGUAGUAUCCAGGUUCCAUUUUUACAUCCUCAUUAGCUGUCUUCCAGGCUGUCCUGUCUUUAGGACACCACUUAGGCUGCUGAAAAUAAACUACUCAAAUAUAUUUAAAGAA